AUCAAAUUCAUGCACCUUGGGUCGCACCAAGUUGAGACUCGUGCUUUAAGAUUCCUUGAAGUGCAGCGUGCACCCGGGCUGCCUAUUAUUCUGUAACUUGGUCCGCUCUGGACUCCACUCAAGACCACCCUCAUAAUCAAAGAUAAACAGACAGACGACGAGAUGGCAGCGGCACGGAGCAUCGGGGCACGGGCGAGCAUCAUGCAGGCUUUGCUCAAUCACGCUAGGCCACAAAUUUCGAGUUUGCAUAAGAUUCACACAUCAAGUGCUCAAACCAAGGCAGAUGAAGGCCCUCAGGCACAUUACUUUCCACCAAUGAAGACAGCCAUGCUGCCAAAGGACACAUUCAAGGGGAAGAUUGCCUUCAUCACUGGGGGUGGCACCGGUCUCGGCAAGGGAAUGGCAUCAAUGCUUAGUUCAUUAGGAGCCAAUGUUGUCAUUGCUGCCAGACGUGUAUCUGUACUGGAAACUACCGCAGCUGAAAUUUCAAGUCAUACUGGGAACCCAGUCCUUCCUGUACAGAUGGACAUUCGGGAUCCAUCUGCUGUGGCAGCAGCUCUUGAUGCUUGUGAAGCUAAAUUUGGCCUCCCUACCAUCAUCAUCAAUAAUGCUGCAGGGAAUUUUAUAUCACCCUCAGAGAGACUUAGUCCCAAUGCAUGGAAGACCAUCACAGACAUUGUGCUCAAUGGCACAGCCUUUGUCACUUUGGAGGCUGGCAAGCGACUCAUAAAAGCAGAACAAGGAGGAGUGUUUCUUUCCAUAACAACUACAUACACUCGCUCUGGUUCUGGUUUUGUCUCACCAAGUGCAUCAGCCAAAGCAGGAGUUGAAACUUUAACAAGAUCUCUUGCUGCAGAAUGGGGAAGAUAUGGGAUGCGCUUCAACUGCAUUGCUCCUGGACCAAUUGAAACAGAAGGCGCAUUUAGUCGUCUAGACCCAACUGGUUCUUUUGUCAAUGCUGCCCACAAACGCAUUCCAGCAGGACGGUUGGGAGAAAUUGAAGAAUUAGCUAACCUGGCUACAUAUCUAGUCUCAGAUUAUGCCUCUUGGAUAACAGGAGAGACUCUUGCCAUGGAUGGUGGGUCAUCACGCUUCCAUUCAGGGGACUUCAGUUCACUUAUACAUUUGACAUCUGAGCAGUGGGAUGAAAUGGAGAGACUGAUUAGGAAAAAUGCAAAUAAAGAUAGAGUUCGCCUGCAAGCCAAACUUUAAAACUUUUGAGGUGUGGGGUUUCAUGUUGAGACUUUAUUAUGACUUUAAUACCUUUCUGCCAUUUUCUCUUUUCAUAUAUGGCUAUUGUACUUGAACUACGGAAGAUGCUAAAGAUCCUCUAAGAGAUAUAUAUAUAUAUAUAGAGAGAGAGAGAGAGAGAGAAAAGAAGAUGCAUUUGCUAGAUGCAUUUUAUCUUAAUAAUUCAUUGUUCUUUGUUGUCAUCCCCAGUGUAUUUUCCCCUUCACACAUAUGCUUUACAAGAUCACCAACUUUGAGGCCUGCACUCUUCAUAAACAUUCCAGCAUCUUAACUUUUAACAGGCUCUAGUGGAAGUUAUUCAGCCCUUUGAGGGGCUUUUGUGGUUCUGUUAAUAGUUUAAUAAAGAUUCUGCAUCAUGAAUACCAGUCACACUUGAGGACCUGAUUAAUCAUCUCUGUGGCCUCUUGAAAUAGUCGUGAGAACCCAGAGCUUUUAAGAAUGUGGGUUUGAAUUUUUUCUGGCUGUUUCAUUCUGUGUCUGGCAAAUCCUCAGUAUAAGAUGCUAAUUGUAUAAUAUCUUGAAGUUUAUCUUAUCCAACGAACAGGAAGGAACUGGUUCUCAAGUAGAGUGGUAGGUGAAUGGAAUUGACUCAGUAACCAGUAAUACCAAGUCAUUGGGGAGCUUUAAAAGAUUAUAAAUUUAUGGAUGAGAAUCAUAGGUGGAAAUAGGUAGGUAAGUACAUUUCAUACAGGGAUUACCAGGUGAAGGCCUAAUGGCUCCUUGCAGCUUUCUUAUGUUGUUAUGUCAUUGUAGCAAACAAACUCAGGUGAUUAUGUAAGGCAAUUUGCUUGGUAAUAUAUGUAUACUGAAGCAGUAGCAACUCAUGUGGUGGAAACAUGGAAGUACGCUCAGAGGAGUCACUCUCACUUACCACCAUUGUGCACUGUACCAUAAAACAUUUUUAUGCCUGCAUGUCAUUAACAUUUUUACUGACUUUCCACAGCAUUCAGUGAAUCUCCAGUGCUUAUAACAACCUAGAGUUCAUUAAAUGCAAGCAUCCUUUGAUAGGCUUUAAGGGUUUCUUAGUUUCAGUGUUCACUUUCUAUAUUGAGUGUCUGCUGUAUUACACUCCAAGCAAAUACAUAUAUCUAUACAA